AACUAUAUUCAUACAAAAAUGAUUUUAAAAUUAGACGUAUGCUUUUUAACAUUUUUAUAUAUAAUCAAUACAUCACACGGAUUAUUUAGUGUAAGAGAAAACAAUUUAGAUGGAUAUUCAUCAACACUUGAUAGAAAUGAAAUAACAAUCAAAGACAUUAAAAAAAUAACAAAUAAUAUAAACAGUGAAGUAUAUUAUUCCAUGCAAAAUAUUGAAACGCCUGGGCGAUUUUUUAAAAAGAUAUUAAUAAAAAGAAUUAUUCCACAUGGCAUGAAACCAUCUGGGAUCGAGUAUGAUCAUAAAUUUAAAACAUUUUACAAGCCAUUAAUAAGGAUACAUAAACGAAAGCAAGACAAACAUAUAAAAGAUAUGAACGAAUAUGAAAUUGCUUCCAUCAUAGCAAAAACUCCUAGAAAAGAUCUCAAGCUAAAGGAAACCAAAAAUUAUGAUAUAGACAGUGAAAUGCUGAAACCAUUUAAGCUAUCAAAAACUGAACUUACAGGCAACGAAUUUGAAGUUAUAAAAAAUCUUAAGAAUAUUAUAAAGAGCAUUGAAUCUAGAACGCAGAGAAUCAAAGCGUAUGAUAAAGUUAUUAAGCUACUUAGAAAUAUGUUAAGAAGUCCACAGUUUGAAAAGUCAGGUGAAAUGAAUGAUCCCUUUGCGCCAGGUAAAAAAGUUUUGCCUGUGGAUCGAGAAGCGGUUACGCAGAAAAACAAAAUUUGGGCACCGCACUAUCCACCAUGGAAUUAUUGGACUUAUAAAAAGACCCUACACCAAGACGUCUGUCCUGAAACCCAAGUGAAACUCGGAAAUAUAUGCAUAUGGACUCCGCCACACUAAUGAGUCUUAUCAACAUUAAAUUUCAGAUUUUAUUAAAUAUAAAAAAAUAAAACUAAAAAUGUCAUUAAGUAAUGUAUAUUUAAUAAACAUUGUUUAUAAAAUU